UCUAUACAUGUCAAGCAAAGCCUCACAAUGCUGUGCUUACUAAACGCGUGAGCUUAGGAAUUUGCUGUAAGGUGGUUGUUCCCGGACCCCCACUCCGCCUAUUUGCGGUGGACCAACUGUCUGAGUCUCUGAUGGACACUCUCGGCAGGUGGACUGAGCCAGCGACUACACCUGUUUGGGAAAUCUGUGACAACGUAGGACAAAAAAAGAGAAAGGUCUUCGGGGAACUGAGAUUUUACUCUGCUUAACCACCCGCCCUCUCCUCGCUCUCCAUUGCACACACAGCUCACACAUACACACACUUGCCUCUCCCUUCUUGCUCCCACCCUGCUCGUCUCCUCUCCUGUCGGAUGCUGGUGUGGUGAACAGCAGGAUUCUCUUGGUUGAGACGUAUGGAGGCACAGGGAGGGGCUCCCAGCCCAGAGCCCGGUAAAGACAUCCAGAAGCUGCUAAAGCCCUCCAGCUCAGGGAACCUCUCUCAGGAGCAGUUCCAGCAGUACGCUGCAGGAGAGGAAGAGGAGGACGAGGGCGGCUGGACAGGACACACUGCCAGCCUACUGCACAUCUCUGAGAAGAGACAACCUCUGAGCAGUGUGUCCUCUUUGGAAGUCCACUUCGACCUCCUGGAUCUGACCGAGCUGACCGACAUGUCAGACCAGGAGCUGGCUGAAGUCUUUGCUGACUCUGACGAGGAGAACCACAAUGAGUCUCCACCAGGUUCCCAACAGGCAGUGCUGGGCAAAGGAGGCUACAUGCGCUCUCCCUCAUGGACACGCUGCAGCAAGGUAGAACUCCCCCGAGAGAGGAAGCACCACAGCGACUCGGACGCCACCACAGAGCCUUUAAUGAAGCUGGAGAGGCCAAAGCAACCUUGACGUGGCGCACGACACCGCUGGAAUGAAGCUCAGCGCGGACAGCCAGCACCAGAGCGUACCACUGGGCCACUGAUUCAUGGUGCUGAUGAACAGAUGAGUUCAUGCUGAAAUCUGGACACUAUGCAGUGUUCUUAAGAUCUUCAGUAAACACACACACACACACACACAUGCACAUACGCACACACUUCCAUCUCCUUAAUUGUUUUGCUCUGAGGAUUUAAAGUUUUGUUUUGGAGUGACAGACAUGGUAGUGACAGAACCGACUUGAGCCAAGGAAGGACGAGUGUGUGGUGUGCUGUCAUGACAACUGCCUAAAUCAUAGUGUGUUAGGAUCUCUUUCUUUAUUUUUUUUUUUUUUUAAAUUAAUAGUUUUCCCUAUCUUCCAAAGUGAUGACUAUCUAAUUUACAUUGGUCAUCCAAAGUCAAGUCAAAAUGACAGAGGAAUGACAAUCUUGUGCUUUUGUGAACUUGCAUGAAUGCCAAACACAAAAUCAAGUGCCAACACUUGUUUAACGCAACAACAAGCAGAAGUUACUUGACUAACUUUUAAUCAAUUUAGCUCGCCCAUAGCUGGACCGAUGAUCAUCCUGAAUGAUGUGAGUGACUGUGGGAGGAGAAAUUAAACAUCUUGGAAAACUGUG